CCCUCCCUCCUAAAAAGGGCAUUUCUGUUGACUAUUCCUUUUAAGUCUUCUUCAUUAAUAUCAGGGUUCUGAACUGAACUGAGAUUUCUCAGAUCAAGGUAAAGAAACAGAAACCAGAUUCUUUCUACCUACUCUGCUUUAAUCUUAAAUUUCAUUCAAGAUCGUCCUGAAUCAAAAACAGCUUGUAUUCUCAAAUCCAUGUAUUUCUUUCUCAAAAUAGAUCCCUAAAUUGUUCAAUCCAAAACCAAAAAACCCUAAUGUUUGAUCACUCAGUAUGUCCAAUGGAAAUGUUUCUUACAGCUGUGGGUCUUGUGGAUAUCCACUGAAUUUGAGUGCAUCUGGAAUUCACUCUGAACACAAAAAAUCUAACAAAAAAGGGGGUUGUCUUUCAUUUGAAGCUGUUGAUAUUAGUCGAUUCACGCAAGUUGACAAGGUAAAUUGCUUACCUGUUUCUUGGGGUCGAUAUCGUUCAAAAACUAAACUCCUUUGUCGUAAAUGUGGAGUUCAUAUUGGUUAUGGUUAUGUAGUUUCACCUGCCUUAUGUGGGAUUAAUUCGCCAGCAGGGUCAAAUUAUAAGAAAGUUUGUAUAAAGAUUCAUGCUAUUCAGUCUUCAGAGGAGGAUUAGUGAUAGAAAAUGGAAGAAAUUU